AUGAAAAAGCAGAAAAAAACGGAUUCAGCUGCUAAAGAGUUACUAAGAGUUACUGAAGUGUUACUAAGAGUUACUGAAGAGUUACUAAGAGUUACUGAAGAGUUACUGAGAGUUACUGAAGAGUUACUAAGAGUUACUAAAAGGUUACUCAAGAGUUAUUUAAGAGCUGCUAAAGAGUUACUAAGAGUUACUGAAGUGUUACUAAGAGUUACUGAAGAGUUACUAAGAGUUACUGAAGAGUUACAAAGAGUUACUGAAGACUUACUAAAA